AUGGAAAAGAAACGCCUAGAUGUCCAAACGAAAUUCUCCGGUCUCUUCCAGCGGCCAGGAGAACCUUUGUUUGUGACCAAGAGUAGUGGCCGGGUUUAUUACGAUUUGCCAGAGAACACUCUAAGAGAUCGGUACCGCCCAAUUGGUCAGGCUUUGGCCGAACGAUUCGGAGCCGAUGCUCAAACUCGGGUCCCGGUUAAGGAUGUUGGAACACCGGAUAUUGCGUUCGCUUUGGAGAUUCCGAGACGUGGACCAUUUACGUUGUUUGCUGAUACUCAUCAGGAAAUUGCAGGAAAACUAAUAGAGAUGUUUAUGGACCAACCGGAUGCGGAGGAUCUUUUGGGUCUUGCUGCCUACUGUAGAUCUAGACUGAAUCCGGAACUGUUCCAGUACGCUCUCUCGGUAGCCGUUCAACAUCGGAAAGACACGCGGAAGGUGGCAAUUCCGUCGGCUCUUCACACUUUCCCGGAAAAGUUCGUUGACCCCGUAGUAAUAACCAAACUGAUGGAAGAAGGCAGAGCAGUUGAUCCGGGUAAUCGGAUGGCCGUCGAAAUUCCCAUGAACUACACGGCCAGCAACAAUGAACCGGAACAGGCGAUGGCUUACUUCCGGGAGGACAUCGGACUGAAUCUGCACCACUGGCAUUGGCAUCUGGUCUAUCCGGCCCGCGGACCAAUCGCGGUGGUCAACAAAGAUCGUCGAGGUGAGCUGUUCUACUACAUGCAUACCCAGAUGAUGGCUCAUUACAAUCUGCACCGAUUCUCAAAUGGAAUGUCACGGGUUGAGCCACUCAACAGCUUGCGGCAGCCCCUGAUGCCACCUUACUACCCCAAGAUGAUCCAAUCGUUUACCGGUCGUUCGUUUCCGUCCCGGUAUCCCAAUAUGUCGCUCAGUGAUGUGAUGCGGGAUACGGUGGUAGUGAGGAUUGCUGAUGUUGAAAAUGCCAUCAAAGAGGUUAUCCUCGCCAUUGAUGCUGGGUCCAUCACCACUUCCGACGGAACGAGAAUCUCCCUGAACAACAAGAAGGGCAUCGACUACGUGGCCAACAUGGUAGAGGCCUCGGCAAUCACCCCGAAUACCGCCUAUGGCAACUUCCAUAACAACGGUCAUGCACUGAUUGCUGCCAUUCACGACCCUAAAGGGACUUAUCUGGAAUCGUUCGGAGUCAUGGGUGGCACAACGACGGCCUGUCGGGAUCCGAUUUUCUUCCGUUGGCACACAUUCAUUGAUGAUGUCUUCCGUCGUCACAAGAACAAGUUAGCUCCCUACUCGGCUGCCGAGCUGAUUUACUCGAACAUCCAGGUUUUGAAAGUGGUUACCAAAGUGCAGAGUUCGAGUCAAAGUGCCGCGGACAAUACUUUGCUAACGUUCUGGCAACGGAGCCAGGUUGAUCUCGGCACCGGGCUUGAUUUUGGACCCACUGGUAGUAUUUUUGCCUCCUUUACUCAUCUUCAAAAUGCGCCGUUCGUGUACCAGAUACAAGUUCUCAAUGGCGAAAGCAGUCCUCGAUUAGGAACUGUCCGUAUCUACCUUUUACCCACGGUUAACGAAAAGGGAACAGCCUUAUCUUUCGAAGAGCAGAGAAAAUACUCAUUGGAGUUGGACACGUUCAAAGUUUCUCUUAAUCCUGGUGUCAACAACAUCACCCGUAAAUCACUGGACUCCAGUGUUACCAUUCCCUAUGAGCGAUCCUUCCGUAAUAUUUCACAAUCUACUGUAGCGGGAAACGACGACUUCCGGUUCUGCAACUGCGGCUGGCCUGCCCAUCUUCUCAUUCCAAAGGGUUCUCCAGCUGGUAUCGGUUACAUCCAAUGCGUUAUGGUUUCCGACUAUACUAAGGAUGUGGUUAUCGACUUUGAUGAAACUCAAGAUUGCAACGAUACCCACUCGUUCUGCGGCUUACGUGGUAAGAAGUAUCCGGAUGCUCAGGCCAUGGGAUAUCCGUUCGAUAGAAAGUUCGGAACCGACGUGCAAAGUGUGGCUGAUUUGACCCGGAAGUAUAGUAACAUUGCAUCAACUCCGGUGCAGAUUCGAUUCACCAAUACGGUUAUUGCGCGCACGUGAAUCUUGAGGCUGGCCCCAUUGUUUUGGAAAACUAUAUUGCUGAUCAA